GCCCACAAUCUGAGUCCCUCCUGUUUUGCUGUGCGUCAGGGAGGAUCUUUUUAGGUGCCGAGUCUUGCUGAGUUGAUUGGGUGCCCGCUCAGUGAAAGCAAGCCAGGAUCCUGAGUCUCUUCACCUCCCCCAAUAUCAGCACAGCUCACCACAACCAACAGCCCAGAGAGGGACCAGCCAGUGCCAGGGAGGAGGGGAGCAUGAGGCUGCUAGGACAAUGCUGAGGAGGACCCCGACCCAGAGCCCGGGGAGGAUCUGAAAACAGGUGAACGCAGAAGGAGGAGCGAGGGUGGGGAGGAAAGACAGACGGAAGGAAAGCAGGCGAGGGAAAAGCCUGGAGCGCCUUGGGAGUGGAUCCCGGCUGCAGAGGGCUACGCCAUGGCUACAAAUUUUAACGACAUCGUCAAACAGGGCUACGUGAAAAUGAAGAGCAGGAAAUUGGGGAUCUAUCGGAGGUGCUGGCUGGUGUUCAGGAAAUCCUCCAGUAAAGGGCCCCAGCGGCUAGAGAAGUAUCCGGACGAGAAGUCAGUGUGCCUGCGUGGAUGCCCAAAGGUCACGGAGAUCAGCAAUGUGAAGUGCAUCACGCGAUUGCCGAAAGAGACCAAGAGGCAGGCCGUGGCCAUCAUCUUCACCGACGACUCGGCCAGGACCUUCACCUGCGACUCGGAGCUGGAGGCCGAGGAAUGGUACAAGACCUUGUCCAUCGAGUGCCUAGGAGCACAUCUCAACGACAUCAGCCUGGGAGAGCCCGACCUCCUGGCUCCCGGGGUGCAGUGUGAGCAGACAGAGCGGUUCAACGUGUUCCUGCUGCCCUGCCCGAACCUGGACGUGUAUGGGGAGUGUAAACUGCAAAUUACCCACGAAAAUAUCUACCUCUGGGACAUGCACAACCCCCGGGUGAAGCUCAUCUCCUGGCCCCUGUGCUCACUGCGCCGCUAUGGACGUGAUGCCACCAGGUUCACCUUCGAGGCCGGCCGCAGGAUGUGUGACGCAGGGGAAGGGCUCUACACCUUCCAGACCCAGGAGGGAGAGCAGAUUUACCAGCGGGUGCACAGCGCCACCCUGGCUAUCGCAGAACAGCACAAGAGGGUCCUGCUGGAGAUGGAGAAGAAUGUCAGGCUGCUGAACAAGGGCACAGAACACUACUCCUAUCCCUGCACACCCACCACCAUGCUGCCCCGGAGCGCCUAUUGGCACCACAUCACUGGAUCGCAGAACAUCGCCGAGUCCUCCAGCUAUGCCGGUGAAGUGUACUCGGGGGCCCAGGCCAGCUCGGACACAGACCUCCUGAACAGGUUCAUCUUACUGAAGCCAAAGCCUGCAAAAAGCGGCAAGAGUGACAGCAAAGAGCCCAAGUCUGCUUCUCAGUGACCAUGCGCUGAGUGGAGAGACCCCCCGGGCCGGGCCAGGCUGGAGAAAGAGGGUGUUACAUGCAGGAGACAUUUGUUUUCCAGUGCCCCCUCCCCUCCUUUCCUGAGGAUGCUGAAGUUCUGGGAACGCUCCCCUCUCUUUGGAGAAGUUAUCAGAGCUCAGGCUGCAGGGAGUGUGAGAGACUGGGUCCUCGGCGCUGGGAAGAAGGCUGGAGAUGGCCCCAGGUGGGCUGGAACUCUAGCCUGGGCCAUGCCGUUCUAGCAGACCAAGCACGAGGCGCUAACGAUAGGGAAGAGGAGGUCUAGCUCUGUGUUGUUAAAUGAUUUUAACUAUCUAUUGCUUAUACAUAUUCUGUAUUAAGAGACUUUCCUUCUCACACAAAUGCAAGUUUUUUAGCCACUGAAGAGACACUGGGAAGAUGAGACACCAGAGAUUUUUAAUUCUUGGGUGGGUGGAUCUUUCUUUUUUCCUUAGGGUGGCAUCGUGCAGGAAACCCAGCCCCAGUCAGAGCAGACACCCCACCGCCUCUGCUGGGAAGGGAAAUCCCCCAGGAUCCCCUCAGCAAGGCUCAGAGCGGAAGGACAGAGUUUUCUCAAGUGGCCAAUGGGUUGUGGGUGUUGUUGGCAGCCAGUGGGAGCAAUGAAGUGUUACUCGAAGCGGCGCAACUGAAGUGAACAUUUUGGAGAGGCUGUUGCAAAUUCGGCCUGUUCCUUUAAGGCCAGAGGUGUCCUGGAGAGUCCCAUAGGUUGCCCAGGCUGCGAAU